AGAAAACCAGAAAUUCCUGAGAGAGAGAGAAGACACCCACAGCAGUAAAAGAGUGGCAAAUUCUCUCUGCUCGACCCUCUGCUUUCGCUGAUUUCACUAUCAAAAAGGGUUUGCGAUUAGGGUGUUGAGUUCCAAGUUGUUAUAAUCUCUACGGCGUUUCAUUGUAUGAAAUUGAGGGUUUUUUGGUGUCGAUGUGUGACAGGCGAUCAUUGAGAAUUCAGAAGAGCCAAUCAGCGAAGGAUUAGGUUAUAUUUUAUUGGUUUUGAAUGGGGAAAGGUACCAAAUGCAAGUUGGGGUCCCACCAGAUAUUUAAGGAUAGGGCUAAGAACCGCGUGGAGGACCUCCAUGGAAUGUUUACGGAUCUGCAGUCCGCAAGGAAGGAGAGCCGUAGCAUUGAUGUGGUUGUGCUUGAAGAACAGGUUAAUCAGAUGCUCAAAGAAUGGAAGAAUGAACUUAACGAGCCUUCACCUGCUUCUUCUUUGCAACAGCAGGGUGCAAGUGUGGGCCCUUUCUCACCAGACAUAAGUAGGCUUCUGCAACUAUGCGAUGAGGAAGAUGAUGCAACCAGUGGAUUAGCUGCCCCGAAACCUGAUCCUGAUUGUCAUAAAGCUGGUGAAAGUGCAGCUUUUCAUGAGGAUUUUGCUGUUACUCAGACAGGUCAGGAACAAGGGUUCCAGUUGGUUGGUCAAUGCAAAGGAUCUGCUUCAGGUGUUAACAAUAUAGGAGUACAUAAUAUGGGUGUUGCUACUGCUACUCAGUUGGAUUAUUUUUCAUAUGAUUUGCCUCAAGACUUUGAGCAGAACUUUUUUAGUGGGUUCGAUGGCAUGGGUCUCUGCAGGGGAGAAGAUGCUUUACCCCAGAUGACUGGCUUUAUGCCUACUGUUUGUCCUCCCCCUUCUGCUUUCUUGGGACCAAAAUGUGCUCUUUGGGAUUGUCCCAGACCAGCUACACAAGGCUGGUGCUCUGAGAGGCCUGUUCAAGGCUGGUUUCCUGACUAUUGCAGCAGCUUGCAUGCUGCAAUUGCUCAAAAUGAAGGCCGAUUUGGGAUGACACCCGUCAUACGACCUAAAGGUAUUGAGUUGAAGGAUACUUUGCUUUUUGCUGCGCUUAGUGCCAAGUUUCAGGGAAAGGAUGUUGGUGUUCCGGAGUGUGAGGGGGCAGCUACUGCAAAAUCUCCAUGGAAUGCACCUGAGCUCUUUGAUCUCUCAGUUUUUGAGGGUGAGACAAUACGAGAGUGGUUGUUUUUUGACAAGCCUCGAAGGGCAUUUGAGAGUGGGAACAGAAAACAGAGAUCACUCCCAGAUUACAACGGGCGUGGUUGGCAUGAAUCAAGAAAACAGGUGAUUAACGAAUCUGGGUGGCUGAAGAGAUCCUAUUAUAUGGACCCACAGCCAAUGAAGUUUUUGGAGUGGCAUCUCUACGAGUAUGAGAUCAGCAAAUGUGAUGCUUGUGCCUUGUAUAGGUUGGAACUGAAGCUUGUUGAUGGCAAAAAAAGUCCAAAGGGAAAGAUUGCUAAUGAUUCAGUUGCUGAUCUACAAAAGCAAAUGGGAAGGCUUACCGCUGAGUUUCCAUUAGAGAACAACAUUAAAAGGUCUGGUAAAGGGAGGGGAAAGAAAGAGAAUUCCUCCAAGCCAAUAAUAGCUGCAAAUGAUGGUAUUGAUUAUGGAGGAAAUGCAGCAUUUAACUAUCUUGUGGAUGACGUGGGUGGCUACUACCUGACGUAAUUGAAGAUCUAGACUAAAGAGAUGGGAUUGUGAAAUGUGCUUGAUUUUUAUGGCGGAGCACGAAACUAACUGUUGGGAGAUGGUAUAUGAAAAAGUGAAGAAGGCGGGCGGGUGGUGAUGCUUUUGGCUUUUCUGGUUAUGAUGGUAAAAGAACACACAAACAUUUAGUGUUUUAUGUCUUAAAUUAGGGUGGCCAAAGGCAAAAUAUGAUUAUAAGAUAUGCUACAAAACUGAAAGAUUUUGAUGGUAAAUGGAGUGGAGAGCAUCAUCUUGGUGCUCAAAAUCAGGAGCUAUCUGUAACUUGUGUCUAGUUCAGUUCAGUUCAGUUGGUAUAUAUAUGAAUUGCUGUUUUUGUUUCUUUAAAUAUUGUGUUGAGGAGUGCAAUGGAGGUUACAA